AUGGCGACAACAGCUCAGUAUAUCCCGCGGAAUAACUCCCUACCGUCCAACCCGCUCAUGCACCCGGAUUCGGACCGGAUGCAUCAGGGGACGACUUACAGAGAGGUGCAGAAAAUGAUGCACCACGAGUACUUGCAAGGGCUGGCGGCGACCAACACGGGACACCCGAUGAGCUUGACGCACCACCAGUGGCUGCCCACCUCCAACACCGACUGGACCAGCGGCACCCACAUCGGGCAGCAGGAGCACAAAGCCGGCGUGCAGGCGAGCCGCGAGGAUCUCGGCAGCGGCUUCCACCACAGAUCUCAUCUGGUGCACCAGCAGUCGCAAAGCGGCCAUCACGGCUCGUGGGCGCCGACCACGACGCACCACUUGUCCCCGCUGUCCCCCGCGUCCAACGGCCACCAGUCGCUGGUGUACUCGCAGCCCGGAUACACGAACCUCAACGCCAUGCUGAGCCCCCAGCCCGGCUCCCUGCACCACGGCAUGCGGGACCCGCUCCACGACGACUCCGGCAGCCACGACAACCAGAUGGAGUCCCCCCAGCAGGCUUUCAGCCACCACCAGGACCACUCGGACGAGGACGCGCCCAGCUCCGACGAUCUGGAGCAGUUCGCCAAGCAGUUCAAGCAGCGGCGAAUCAAGCUGGGCUUUACGCAGGCGGACGUGGGCUUGGCCUUGGGCACCCUGUACGGAAACGUCUUUUCUCAGACCACUAUCUGCAGGUUCGAGGCGCUGCAGCUCAGCUUCAAGAACAUGUGCAAACUUAAGCCGCUGCUAAACAAGUGGCUGGAGGAGACAGACUCCAACACGGGCAGUCCGACCAACCUGGACAAGAUUGCCGCGCAGGGCAGGAAACGAAAGAAGAGGACCUCGAUCGAAGUAGGGGUGAAAGGGGCGCUGGAGAACCAUUUCUUAAAAUGCCCAAAGCCGUCCGCGCACGAGAUCACCACUUUAGCCGGCACCCUUCAGCUGGAGAAAGAAGUCGUCCGCGUUUGGUUUUGCAACAGAAGACAAAAAGAGAAACGGAUGACGCCGGUGGGGGUCCCUCAUCCGAACAUGGAGGACGUAUAUUCCCAAGCAGAGACCCCCCCUCUGCACCACACACUACAGAGUCCUGUGCAGUGACUGUUCUCUUGAA